UUCUCGGAUUUCCUCGAGUUCGUGGGCGCGUCGUGCAUCACGCUUAUCAGCACCCUGCCGCCCAUUGUCUUCCUGCUGAAGAAGCUGUGGAACGAGAUCCCGAUCUGGGAGAAGGUGCCGGCGCCGAUCGUGGUCAUCAUCUGCAGCUUCCUGGGCUGCUACGUGACGUACACGUCGGGCAAGGCCCUGUUCGCGCCGACGACCUCGGACACGUCGUUCCCCUACUGCGACAGCGAAUACGAGAACGAGGUGUACUACAAUUACACCGCCGUUCACGGCGCGUGA